AUGCAUAUACUCUCCUUCAAUGUCUUUCUUGCCCUUGCCGCCUCGGUAGAAGCCUUGAAAAGCAACUACUCCGGCUCACGGCACCUUUGGUAUGAUAGUCCUGGGAGCGAUUUCAGGUCAUCUCUACCAAUCGGCAACGGCAGACUGGGUGCCCUCGUCCAAGGUUCCAUCUCCGAAAAAAUCAUCAUCAAUGAAAACUCGGUAUGGAGCGGUCCUUUCCAAGACCGGAUCAAUCCCGGCUCCUUGGAAGCGUUUCCCAAGGCUCGCAAGUUGUUGACUGCAAAUGACUACACGGGAGCUGCGGGGUUGGCCAGCGACAUGUACGGAAUACCCCCACAGAACAGGUGGUACAGCGUGACGGGAAAUCUGCUCUUGGACUUUGGGCAUCAGACUGAAGAAGUCUCAAACUACGAGAGAUGGCUAGACACCCUGGAGGGCACCACUGGUAUUAGCUACGAUAUCAAUGGAGUCACAUACACUCGCGAAGUUGUAGCCAACUUUCCACUUGGUGUCAUUGCUGCGCGGUUCACUGCAAGCAAGCAUGGUGCACUGAAUAUCGGCGUGAGCCUUGAGCGUGACAGAGGCGUCAUUAGUAACAUCGCAACUGAAGGAGAACACAACGUCAUGAUGGAUGUUGGAGGCUCAGGAGCAGACGCAAUUCCUUUCACUGCAGGCCUUCGCGUUGUUCCGUACAAUGGGACCAUAAAGGCAGGCGGGUCUGUCUUGAACAUCACAAACGCCUCCACCGUCGAUCUUUUCUUGGAUGUAGAAACAAGCUUUCAGUGGAGUUCCGAGUCUCAAUGGAAAGCUGGCCUUGCGAACAAGCUGGACAAUGCAGCGAAGCGCGGGUUCACGUCUCUCAAAGCUGAAGCCAUCUCAGACCACCAGAACCUGAUGCAGCGUGUAGCCCUCGAUCUCGGAUCAAAUGAUGCCACUUCGAGUCUGCCAACGGAUCAACGAGUCAAUGCAUACGCGAGUAACCCAGACGACGAUCCUGAGUUUGUUACGCUGAGUUUCCAAUUUGGCCGUCACCUGCUUGUCUCUGCUUCUAGAGACACUGGGGGUUCUGGCCUAGGAGUCCCAGCAAAUUUGCAGGGUAUUUGGAACGACAUGUAUAAUCCUCCUUGGGGCAGUAAGUUCACUGUCAACAUCAACACGGAGAUGAAUUACUGGCUAGCUGAAACAACCGACCUCACGGACACCCUCAGGCCACUUUGGGACCUCAUGUAUCGCAGCCGCGAUAGAGGGUCCGAAGUUGCCACCAAGAUGUAUGGCUGCCCAGGCUAUCUGUCGCAUCAUAAUCUUGACCUCUGGGGCGAUUCGGCACCUCACGAUAGUGGUACGGCUUAUUCCAUCUGGCCAUCAAGCAACCUGUGGCUUUCUCAGCACAUGAUGGAGCAUUACCGAUUUACUGGUGACAAGACGUUUUUGAGAGAAAAGGCUUGGCCGCUAUUCAAAGACAUCGCGGCAUUUUUUGACUGCUACCUCUUUGAAUUCGAUGGCAAAUGGACCUCUGGACCUUCCACUUCCCCCGAGAAUGUUUUCAUUAUUCCCAAGGAUGGGUCAAAGGCUGGUAGCAAAGAGUCUUUCGAUAUUUCCAUCACCAUGGACAACUCUCUACUGCGCGAAUUCUUCUCCAACGUCAUCGAGGCAGCGGGCAUCCUUGGCACAGAUCUUAGCACAGAUAAGGUCCUCUCAAAGGUGAAAGACUACCGAGAUGGUUUACGACCUACAGAAAUCGGCGCUCGAGGUCAGAUUCAAGAGUGGCGUCAAGACUAUACAGAAGCCGAACCUGGACACCGCCACUAUUCACACCUCGUGGAUCUCUUCCCUGCCAGAGCGAUGUCCCCUCUUCUCAACAAAACCCUUGCGAAUGCAGCCCAGAAGAGUAUCGAACUUCGACUCGCUGCGGGUGGUGCGUCCACUGGCUGGUCGCGCGCGUGGACAGCAGCGCUUUAUGCUCGAUUGCUCAACGGCGACAAGGCAUAUGACAACAUUCAGACUCUACUUGGCCGCCAUCCCGCCACGAACCUGUUUCAUAACAUCGAACCUGGUCAGGCAUUUCAGAUUGACAGCAAUUUUGGUCUGGUUGCUGCGGUGGCGGAGACUCUGGUCCAGAGCCAGGCCGGUGUUGUGCAUAUCUUGCCUGCACUGGGCUCCCAGGUGAAGACUGGUUCUGUUUCUGGGCUUGUUGCCCGUGGGGGCUUCCAAGUGUCCAUCGUCUGGAAAGAUGGGCUUCUUGUGGAGGCAAAGGUCAAAUCUAGACUAGGUAAUUCUUUGAAGGUGAGGGUUGCGGAUGGUUCAAGCUUCGAGAUCGAUGGAAAGGGAGUAACUGAGGUUGAGACAACAUCAGGCCAAACAUAUACUAUUACUCUCGCCUGA